AUGGGACAUGCUGAGAAUAGUCCUGUUGCGACCGGCUCGGUUGACGUGGAGGCUAAGAAUGGGCUAGCAGCGGGAAAGGCUGAUGCGGCGUUGGAAUUCCUGCAUGGAGAGAAUAAUGCAGUUGCUAUUGACGUGGAUGAGAAGGCUCUCGUGCGGAAAAUUGACUGGAUGAUUAUACCUUUGAUGUGGGCUGCAUAUAAUUUGCAGUUUCUUGAUAAGGUGCUCAUUAACUACGCCUCAGUUAUGGGCUUGCUGAGCGAUACCAAUAUGAAGACGAAUCAGUACUCGAAUUUGACACUAGCAUUUUACUGCACAUACUUGGUUUUUGAGCUUCCGACGGGCUUUUUAAUGCAAAGGUUGCCCACUGCGAAAUAUCUGGGCUUCAAUGUCGCCAUUUGGGGCCUCAUGACAACUUUGAAUUGUACAGCGAAGAGCUUUGGUGGUUUGAUGACUCUACGCGUCUUGUUGGGCUGCUUUGAGAGCGCGAUUGCUCCAGCGCUUAUCUUGAUUACUUCGAUGUGGUACACGCGAGACGAACAGCCCAAACGCUUCGGAAUAUGGUACCUCGGCACCGGAACAGCCUCAAUGAUGGGCGCUCUAGUUGCCUACGGGCUUCUAUUCUACACAGGAGACCAUUUCAAAGCAUGGCAGAUCAUGUUCCUCAUCUUCGGUAUCAUCACCAUCGUCGUCGGAAUAAGCAUCUUCAUUUUCCUCCCCGAUAACCCCAUGACAUCUCGCCUCACUCACGAAGAAAAGAUCCUAGCCAUCGAGCGUCUCCGUGAAAAUCAGACGGGAAUCGAGAACAAACACUUCAAAUGGAACCAAUUCGUCGAGGUAUUCAGGGAUCCACAGACAUACUUCAUUAUUGUGAUUGUAACGGCCAUGGAUGUUCCCAACGCCGCAAUCAGCAGCUUCACAUCCCUAAUCAUCAAGAACAUCGGCUUCACGACCAAACAAACCGAGCUCCUCAAUAUCCCCAAUGGAGCCGUCAGUAUAAUUGCUAUUCUCGCCGCAACGGGAAUGGCCUCUCGCUACAAUCAGCGUUGUCUCUGCAUCAUUGCAGCCUUACUCUGUGGCCUCCUGGGUGGCUGCCUCCUUGCCUUUUCGCCCAAGAAUAUGAAAGCUGCCCAGCUGGCGGGGAGCUACCUAAUUCAAGUGGCGGGCUCCGCAUUGCCAUGUAUCUACUCCCUUGUCGGCGCCAAUGUGGCAGGCCACACGAAGAAGGUGUCUAUGAACGCUAUCAUGCUCAUGUCAUUCUGUUUGGGUAAUAUCCUAGGGCCCUUGACCUUCCGAACAGAAGAUGCGCCAGAUUAUAUCCCGGCAAAGAUCAGCAUUGUGGCUACCCUUGCGGUCGCGAUUGUGGCUGCGAUGCUGCUACGUUGCUACUAUGUUUGGGAGAAUCGUCGAAGAGAUCAGCAACGUGAAGGCGAGAUCCAUCAGGAAAAUUCAGAGUUCUUGGAUCUGACAGACAAGAUUAACAGGGAAUUUCGCAUACCUUUAGAGGAGAAACUAUCAGCGUUAGAUAAUCUCAAAAUCGAGCCUGUUUGUACUAACGAAGAACACAAAAGGGACCGUCGGAUUUGA